CGGCCCAGGAAUCAAACGGUAUGCACUUUGAAGGAGCUGGGAAGCCUCUAAUUAAAUUCAGGCACUGCGAGAGGUCCAUCUACAGUUUCAGUGUGCCUCAAUGCUGCCCCCUGUGCCACGGGGAAGUGGGCUCCACCAGGAUAGAGGACGCACCUAUCAGCAUCUCAGAUCCAUUCUCCAACGGGCAUCAAGAGAAAUGCUCCUUCCUCCUCAAACCCACGAGAGGGACCUUCCUUAGGGAGUACGACGGGAAGUCUGAUCUGCACGUUGGGAUCACUAACACACAUGGGGUGGUGUAUAAUUACAAUGCACAAGGCAUACAGCGAGACGUGGCAGGGUGGGAACGGAGUCUCAGCGUUCCACUAGUGCAGCCCGGCAUGUUUGGGCUGAUGGACCAGUGGGACAAGUACUUGGAAGACUUCUCUGCUUCGCUGGCCUGGCUGCCUCACAGGUAUGAGGAGAACCACCACAACUGUUCUAGCUUUGCCCUCACCUUCAUUAACUGCGUCCUUGCCAUGGAGGGCAGAGACCAGCUGGACAAGAGUGAGUUCACAGAAAAGUACGUGAUCCCGAGGACGCGUCUGGCCUCCAAGUACAUCACACUCUACAGGGCCAUCCAGGAGAGGGGCUUCCACGCGACUGGCCACCCCGACACAGUGACAAGCCCCUCGUAAACAGUUUAUAUGCAAUGCUGGCCAUGAGGGUGGUUGGGACAGGACAUUUAGCUUUACUGCCUUUAAA